AUUUUCAGUGGAACUAUUUAACCAAUUCUUCCCUUUGCAGAGCCAAAUGGGAGAGUUCCUAAACGGGCAACUUUCGCGACGCUCCCUCAGUGUGGCCUCCAAGGAGCGAGACGUGGGGACUAGGAACUACGUUUCCCAAACUGCACUGAGGCUGACCCGGAAGUUUAAAUUCCGCUCCCUCCACGAGAAAGAGUUGUAGUGCGUGAAAAUAAACAUUAAAACACACGCAAAUGUAUUUUCCUGGCUGCAGCACCUGCCGUCUUGCCUCGGUAGGAGUCAUUUUCAAAAACAGCAGCUUCUUGAGGCCCAGAACGCAUUCCUGUGCUACGGAAAGCGGAAGAGAAGCUCUCGGGGUCAGAAGGCGAAGGUUAGAGGGCCGAAUUGGCGGGAGAAUAGGUUGGUGGUCCACGAUCUGAGGCAACGGUGGCUCCGCGAGGUCCACGGUCCCGGGAGUGAUAAGAGGAUUCUUGCUUUUCUGGAAGCUAACACAUAGUCAGUGCCAAAGUAGUGACAGAAGAAAUCUUGGGAGGAAGCAUUUUUGCCUUGUACUUGAAACAGCUGCUGGGCCACCAUGGCUCCUGUGAAGAUCAGCCAUGUGGUAUCAUUUUCUUCUCAGGAUCCCAGGUAUCCUGUAGAGAACUUGCUAAACCCAGAUAAUCCAAGGAGACCUUGGCUCAGCUGCCCUCAGGACAAGAGUGGGCAACUGAAAGUAGAACUACAGCUGGAGAGGGCAGUGCCCAUUGGCUACAUUGAUGUGGGUAACUGUGGCUGUGCAUUCCUGCAAAUUGAUGUGGGCCGUUCUUCCUGGCCCCUGGACAGACCUUUCGUCACCCUGCUCCCUGCAACCAUGCUAAUGUCUCUAACUGAUUCAAAGCAGGGGAAGAACCGCUCUGGGGUCCGCAUGUUUAAAGAUGUUGAUUUCCUGGCUCCAGCCUCAGGAGAGUUAUGGGAUCGACUUCGCCUGACCUGCUCCCAACCCUUCACGCGUCAUCAGUCCUUUGGCCUGGCCUUUCUACGGGUGCGUUCUUCUCUGGACUCCUUAGAUGACUCUGUGUUGGGUCCCUCAGCCCUUGUGAGCUCUGUGCUGAACAAGGGUUCUGAUGCUCAGGAGUCUGGUCCUAGCCCCUGGCUAGCUAAUCCUUCCAUCCGGAGGACAUUCUUCCCACAUCCCCAUACGGAUACCAAGGAAAUUUCAGAGCUCAGGAAUAUCCUAACACAGAUGCAGCCAGGGACUCUGGGGCGUUCAGCCCACAUGGUGCUUUCUGCUGCCCGCAAGGUGCCUCCAGUCAGUGUGGCAAGCCCAAAGAACAACCAUGCAGAAUCAGGUUCCAGUCCUCCAGACAGGGCAGAGCCCAGAGCAGAGGAGCAAAACUCUGAGAAUGAUGUGGGCAGAAUGAAAAGAAGGAAAGUGCAGCACCAAAGGCCUGUAUCCAACUCUAAUUCUCGGCCAAACAGGAGGGAGACAGCAAGAGCAAGGCAAAAAAAACAGCACCGACCCCAGGCCCAAAGCAGUGGUGACCAGGAUAGCGGACUGUGCCCAAUUUGUGCAGGCUCCUUCAGGAUUGAGAUUCUUCCCCAGCAUGCUGCCACUUGUGGAGAGACCUCCCCACCUCACCCAGCUUCUCCCUCCUCAUCAUCUUCGUCCCAGUCUGUACUAUUUCACUCUGUGGUACUAACACCGGUUCCCCUGGUCCCCAGGCCUCUCCACUCCUUCAUCCACCAACAGCUUAACUGGACUGAGAUCAUGAACAGGAAGCUCAGGUUCCCACCUCCACUCCUGGCUGCCAUCCAGGAGGACCAACUGGGCCUUGUGCAGCAGCUGCUGGAGUCAGAGGUUAAGGCCACAAGCAGUGGGCCAGGUGGGCCCCUGCACAAUGUGGAAGAGGCCAAGGAGCACUCCUGGAGGGAAGCACUCAACUUGGCCAUCCACCUGGGCCAUGAGGCCAUCACUGAUGUGCUGUUGGCCAGUGUCAAGUUUGACUUCCGCCAGAUCCAUGAGGCCCUGCUAGUGGCAGUGGACACAAAGCAACCAGCAGUGGUGCAUUGCCUGCUGGCCCACCUGGAACGGGAGAAGGGUCGCAAAGUAGACACCAGGUCUUUCUCACUGGCUUUCUUUGACUCAUUAAUUGAUGGCUCCCGCUUUGCACCUGGUGUGACUCCUCUCACCCUGGCCUGCCAGAAGGACCUGUACGAGAUAGCACAGCUGCUCAUGGACCAGGGCCACACCAUUGCCUGGCCCCACCUGGUCUCCUGUGCCUGCCUCAAGUGCAGCAACGCCCGCCGCUAUGACCUGCUUAAAUUCUCUCUGUCCCGCAUCAACACCUACCGUGGCAUUGCCAGCAAGGCCCACUUCUCACUGGCCAGUGAGGAUGCCACACUGGCUGCCUUCCGGCUUGGCCGUGAGCUCAGGCACCUUGCACGCAAGGAGCCCUCCUUCCCUAAGCCUGAGUACAUUGCCCUGGAGUCACCGAGCCAGGACUAUGGCUUUGAGCUGCUGGGCAUGUGCCGGAACCAGAACGAGGUCACUGCAGUGCUCAACGACCUGGCCGAGGACAGCGAGACUGAGCCCAAGGCUGAGGGCCUGGGCCUAGCCUUUGAGGAAGGCAUCCCCAGCCUGGCGAGGCUGCAACUGGCCGUCAACUACAACCAGAAGCGGUUUGUAGCACACCCCAUCUGCCAGCAAGUCCUGUCCUCCAUCUGGUGUGGGAACCUGGCUGGCUGGCGUGGAAACACCACCAUCUGGAAGCUCUUUGUUGCCUUCCUCAUCUUCCUCACCAUGCCCUUCCUCUGCCUUGGCUACUGGCUGGCACCAAAGUCCCGGCUGGGCCGCCUGCUAAAGAUCCCAGUACUGAAGUUCCUGCUGCACUCCGCCUCCUGUCUGUGGUUCCUCAUCUUCCUGCUGGGAGAGUCCCUGGUCGUGGAGACACAGCUGAGCACCUUCCGUGGCCGCAGCCAGAGUGUCUGGGAGACUUCACUACACAUGAUUUGGGUCACAGGCUUCCUGUGGUUUGAGUGCAAGGAAGUGUGGAUUGAGGGCCUGCGCAGUUACCUCCUGGACUGGUGAAACUUCCUGGAUAUGAUCAUCCUGUCCCUGUACCUGGCUGCCUUCGCACUGCGCCUCCUCCUGGCUGGGCUUGCCCACAUGCACUGCCGGGCAACUGCCUGCCACUAUUUCACCACGGCUGAACGAAGCAAGUGGCACACCAAGGAUCCCCAGUUCUUGGCUGAGGUGCUCUUCGCUGUCACCAGUAUGCUCAGCUUCACCCACCUGGCCUACAUUCUGCCGGCCCAUGAGUCGCUGGGCACUCUGCAGAUUUCCAUCGGCAAGAUGAUCGAUGACAUGAUCCGGUGCAUACCGGCUCUGCUCUGAGCUCUGCUCUGAAGACUCCACUUGACUUCCUUCCAAAACUCCCCAGCUCUUGGGUAACACAGGAAUCCUUGACCUGCGUUCCUCCAGAGGCAUGCGCUCCAAAGACCCCUGAAAACUACAGGCAAAAUUUGGAGGGUAAAUGUAUAUUUUUCUGCAGAGAGGGUCUACAACUUACAUCUAAUUCUCAAACAGGCCCAUGACCCCAGAAAAGAUUACGAACCAUAGAUAGCAGAAAGAGCCCUUGGUUGGGAGUUCCAGUCCCAGUUCUGUCAGUCUCCAUGACCCCUCUGUGGGCCUCAGUUUUCCCAUCAUUAAGGAAAAAGCGAUGGCACUGGACUUAGGGGUCCCUUUGGGUCCUUUCCACUCGGCAGCUGCUCUUUGAACCCCUGACCUUAUCUGGCCUUCUUGGUCCUUAUCACCUAAUCAUGUCCAGCAAAACCUGGCCUCUCACCUAAUCAGUGCCUGUAGUUAAUGCCUGCCUCCCUGGGAGUCCCCAGCCUGAAGCAGGACUACAGUGAAUGUCCUUGGUGGGAAAAACCUUAGCUGCAUCUAUUAAUAUUAACAACUUUAGCUCAGCUUAGCUUGGGGUAGAACCUCCCACCCCACCCAGGAUUCUUCUGGCCUCCCCGUGGCAGGCCAACUCAUUCUCACACAUGGCUCUGACUCUUCUGAUGAUAACUCCUGUUCAGUGGGAUUCUGACUCCCAACUGUCCCUGUGUCAUUCCUUUAGAAUCUCAGCAUCUCAUUCCCUCCCUGAGAGACCACUCCAUCCUCAGCUUUGACUGCUUGGACUUAGUACCCUUUAUUCUUUUUUUUCUUUUUUUUUUUUUUU